GAUAAUUCAGAGUACAUAUAUAUAAAGUAUAUUUGUGUUGAAAUGUAAUUUUUUUUUAAUUAAGUGAAACGAAUUUUAUUUGACUUUAUUUGAUUGGUUGAUAAUGAACGUUAAAGAUGCCACAAACUGUGCCUUCGGCGGGCUAUACCCCACCGUUUGAUUAUUCCUCUGUAUUCGCUGCUGAUAGUUUUGAUUUAUCAUUACUUCCAUCACCAGAGGCAACAUUAAAUGACGCAGAACUACCUUUAUCGCCAUCUACACUAUUAUAUUCGCCACCUUCGAUGUUUGGACAGUCAUCGCCACAAUCACAAAAUCAACAACAACAAAAUUCAACUGUAGAUAAACAACAACCACCACAAAUAUAUACAUCAUUUUAUCCAAAUUCCCCAUUAGAAUCAAAAGACGAUUUACAAAAUUUUGGUGACGAAUUCAAAUCAUAUUUAACGCCACCAUAUUCUUCAUACGGUGGACAAAAUUCUCCGUUAUUAAUAUCAACAUUUAAAGAAGAACCAAAUAAUAUUUAUUUAUCACCGUCAUAUCCAAUUUCCCCGCCAUUAUCGAAUUAUUCGAAUCAUUCAUCACCCGUAUAUCAUCCACCCAAAUCUGUAUCACCAUCAAUUUUAACGUCUUCACCACCGACACCCACACAAAUUGUUGUGAAAAACGAGAAUACAAUUGAUUUGAAUGAAAGUUUAGAAGAAUUUAAACAAUUACAACAACAAAUGUCUAGGCAACAAUCAAAAACGCCAUCACAACAAAUUGUGCCCCAGCAACAAACCAAAGAUCAAUCCGCAAGUGAUUAUCAGCUGUUACGUGAAGUAUUACGUGAUACAAGUUUUCAAAAGAAAUACAAUUUACGUCCUUUCGAUUUUGGAAAUAUUACAUCCGGUUUUGUUGAUAUUAAAAUGGAGAAAAAUGAAAAUAAUAACCAACAAUUCAUCAAUAUGAAUUCACAAAAUCAUCACGAUAAUACGAUAAAUAAUAACGCUGAUGAUGUUGAUGAUAAAGAUGAUGUAUUGAUGACAACGUGCUGUAAUAAUGCGUUGGAUCGUGAAAAGAUUGAGCCUGUACUAUCGUUAGCAUUUGAAGAAAUGCAAAAGGAAGUGAAUAAUACGUGUUCAGUUCUGGGAAUUUCUUCAGAUCCAACGUUAUGGACAAAUGAAGAUGUUAAAGCGUGGCUCUUAUGGACUUGUGAUCAAUUUAAUUUACCUCCUGUUCAAAUUGAUUAUUUCAACAUGGACGGUCAAACACUUGCAAGUUUAUCAAAAGAAGAAUUUACACAAAGAGCUCAUCAGGGUGGCGGUUGUGAUUUACAUGCUCAACUUGAAAUAUGGAAAGCUGCAUGUUUGGAAACAGAAAUUGUUAGGGCAUCCAUGAACUCACCGUUAAAUAAUAGUGCAAUAAUUGAAACGACAACAUCUACAUCGUCAUCAACGGCUGCUGUCUCAAUUUCUCAAACAACUACUACAUCGGUGCCAAUUCUAUCACCUACGUCACCUCCAGUACCGAUAACAAUUAAUCAAAUUAAUAAUCAACAAACAAGUAGUAGUACAAGCAAUAACAGCAGUUGUUCACUGGGUCAACAGCAGAAUGUGUGGCCAAAACCAAAUAGUAAUCAAUCCAGUACAACGUCAAGUGGAGAUAUUUCAGAUGAUGAUGACGAAGACAGUUCAAUGGUAGUAACACCAACGGCAACAAAUGUUACAACAUCAACUGUUGCAACAGCUAACAAAACAGUAACAACUCCUGGUGGAAAGGCAACAACAUCACGUGGAGCAACCGGUGGUGGAUCACAUAUUCAUUUAUGGCAAUUUUUAAAAGAAUUAUUAGCAUCACCAACGUUAUACGGUACAGCAAUACGUUGGUUAGAUCGUGGAAAAGGUGUCUUCAAAAUUGAGGAUUCAGUACGUGUCGCUCGAUUAUGGGGUAAACGUAAAAAUCGACCGGCUAUGAACUAUGAUAAAUUGUCACGAUCAAUACGGCAAUACUAUAAAAAGGGUAUCAUGAAAAAGACAGAACGGUCUCAAAGGCUUGUUUAUCAAUUUUGUCAUCCGUAUUGUUUGUAAAUUCAGCGACAAAACUAUUUAUUUUUGUAAGAUAUUCCAAAAAAUUUAGUCCAGGUGUUGGGGUGACAAAAAUUCAUUGGGUACUAUUUUUUUAACUUGUAAAUACAAAAACAAUUAGCAAAUAACGUAAUUAAGCUUUAAUUUAAGAAACAAAUGAUAUGGUAUCGUAAUUUUUAAUAUUACGAUUACUGUUAUCGUUAUACCUGCCAGUUAGGCGGACGUAAUUA